AUGGCAGAUGAGGAUGAGAAUAGUCCUCAACACGCAGUGAGCGAACAGGAGCUCAACCAGGAAGAUGCCGAGUCUGAGCAGAAAAUCAUCAAUGAAGAAUACAAGACAUGGAAGAAAAAUGCGCCGUUUCUCUAUGACAUGAUCCUCAGCACCGCCUUGGACUGGCCCACGUUGACCACCCAGUGGUUUCCAGACAUCACAGACGCACCCGACGCAAACUACUCCAAACACCGGCUGCUGAUCGGUACACAUACCGCCGAAGGGCAACCCAAUUACCUCGAGAUCGCCGACGUCCAGUUACCCAAACCAAAGAAGCCAGACGUCAAGGACUACAAUGAAGAAACGGGGGAAAUUGGCGGGUAUGGCGGAGGUCCGUCGGGCAAGAACCAGUUCGAAGUCAAGUUCACCAUUACUCAAAAGAUCGACCAUCCCGGCGAGGUCAAUAAAGCUCGAUACCAACCACAAAACCCCAACAUUAUUGCGACCAUGGUCACAGACGGACGUAUUCUGAUCUGGGACAAGACAAAAUUUUCUUCCAUACCUACGGGAACGCCCAAGCCAACGCUGGAACUCGGCGGUCAUACGAAAGAAGGAUAUGGACUUAGCUGGGAUGCGCAUCAAGGUGGGCGGUUAGCAACAGCCAGCGAAGACUUCACAGUUCGACUGUGGGACAUCUCACAAGCCUCGAAAUCGAACAAGUUGCUCAACGAAUCGCGGCGAUACACCCACCACGGCGGUAUUGUCAACGACGUCCAAUUCCACCCCAUACUACCACAUCUCCUGGGAACCGUCUCAGACGACCUGACUAUGCAGCUUCUGGAUCUGCGGCAGCCUGACACGACGAGGGCCUCGGCCAAGGGCGAAAACCAGCAUCGCGACGCGAUCAAUGCUAUUGCAUUCAAUGGGGCAGUGGAAACGGUGGUGGCCACAGGAAGCGCAGACAAAACCAUUGCCAUCUGGGAUCUGCGGAACCUCAAAGACAAGCUGCACGUACUAGAGGGGCACAAUGACAGCGUGACAACCCUGGAAUGGCAUCCUUUCGAGGAAUCGGUGCUCGCGUCCAGCAGCUAUGAUCGACGAAUCAUGUUCUGGGAUCUCGCCAAAGUCGGAGAAGAGCAAGCGCCUGAAGACAGCGAAGACGGUCCCCCUGAGUUGCUAUUCAUGCACGGAGGUCACACUAAUCGCAUCAGCGACUUUGCCUGGAACAAGAACAGUCCCUGGGUGGUGUGCAGUGCCGCGGAUGACAAUCUGAUCCAGGUGUGGAAGGUCGCCGACGCCAUUGUUGGUCCUGAUGAUGAGGAUGUGCCUAUGAAUGAGCUCGAAGGUUAG